AUGGCUCAACAAGGUGCAACACUACAGAAUUACAACAAUGAGCUUGUGAAAUGUAUUGAGGAAUUACGUGAGAAACGUGAAGAAGCAUUAGCAAGAAAAACACAAGCUCGAAAUGAAUAUGAUCGUACAAUUCAAGAGACGGAAGCUGCGUACAUGAAGAUUCUUGAAAGCUCUCAGACACUUCUACAUGUGCUUAAACGAGAGACUGUUCAGCUUACGAAAAAGAAACAAACUCCUUCGUAG